AUGUUCUCGGAUACUCCUCCUGCUACCGGGGAAGCUACCGAUUUUGGAUAUCUCCCUAUCCCUCGAGUCACGAGGGCAGCUAGCCGGUCCAUCGAAACUGGUGCAAGAGAUAGCCUGCUCGUCAAUGAGGCUUUCAUCCGUGCUCAGCAAGAGGUUGACGACCUUAAGGGCCAGCUGGACGCCCAGGGUCGGGAAACGGAGAAGUUCCAGCAUCUUUUGCAAGUGAAGGAGGAUCAGUUGAACCGAGCAGCUGCCCUUUCCAACCUUCAACCCGAGCUCGAAGCAGCGAAGGCCGAAAACCUUUGGUUAAAGGAUGAGUUGGCCGGGAUAGUCGAAAAGAACCGGCUCCUGGAAGCGGACAAAGUAGGCCUUAGCCAAGAUAAUGCUCGUUUUUCUUCGAGGCUUGGUGAGCUUAAGGCCACUAUAUCUCAACUUCGGAGGGAGCUUGACUCAGUCAAGACUGAUGCCGUGAACAUCGCUGAGAGGCAUCGGCUGCUUGAAUCCGAGAGUGCUAAGUAUAAGGAUAGGAUGAGGGUAUUCGAGCAAAAAGCCAAGGAUAGGGCCCGGAUAUGCGAUGAGCUGAGAAUCAAAUUCGAAGAGACAGCCGAGGCUAAUGACAUUCUCAAAGCCGAGCUCAAGUCGGCCACUCAAAUCCAAAGAAUCCUCGAUGAAGAGAGAGAUGAAUUAGUGGCCAAGCUAGCCCGUGGCCGAGGCCGAUUUGCGUGCUUCUUCAAGAGUGUCGAGGCUCAUACCACGAUUGCGGUGGAGUAUGAACGGUGGAAGUCCCGGAGGGCCACCCUCGAGCAAGCUCAACAAGCUUUUGGGGACCUUCCGGCCCUGAUACUUGAAGCCAAAAAGACCGAGGAGGAAGCCAAGAGAGCCCUUGAUACCGAUUCCGAGGAUUCCGAGCAGACAGUAUCCGAGCGUUCUGGUUCCAGCUGCACCGGAUAG